ACUGCCGUAAAAAACACAGGAGAAGAAGAGGGGCUCUGGGCUGUGAUAUGAAGUUUUCUUCACCAUAACAACAAAAGCUGUUUGCUUCAAUAUAAAAAAAAAUCAUAGAGCCAAAAUAGCAGUUAUAGCUUACAUAUUAAUUUGUGAGAAUGUCAGAUUUGGAGGCGCAAGUAGGCUCCAUUUUGGAGAUAAUGAUCAACGCGACUGUCACAGAAAUGACCAAAGUUAUCGGCGGCUGUGAUUCAAUACGUCCAGAAGCGGCACCGUGUAGCGUUACGACUGAAAACACACAAGGGUCAUCGGACGAGAAGGUGAUCCGGCUCAGUGUCUUCAUGACAUCACUGGCUCAAGAAGCUGUGGAGAAAAUCUGCCAGCUUUUCCACGAAUGUUCCUCCCUGCUCCAGUUAGAAGUGAGGCAGGAUGUGGCAGAGAUCGAGGACCUGAGGAGGAGACUGGAGGUGGCCGAGACGGAGCUCAAGCUGGUGCUGGAGGGAAACGGAGGCCAGAAGGAAGCGGAUGAGCUGACGGAGGGAGGCGGCGGGCAGAAGGAGGGGAAGAGAGCUCCGGCUAACGGAGCAGAAGGAGAGGCUGUCCCGACCGGUCAGCGAUCGGGGAGGAAGAGUCGCAGAGUCGUGACUAGUGGUGAUGCCGGAGUGAAGAGAUCGCCCAUCAUUCACCUGUGGAAAGGCAGAGCUUAUGAGGACACUGUCCAACCGGUGAUUAUAAAGGAAGAGGGAUUGGAGGCAUUUGCUGACCAGGCUUCUUCUGAUUCUGGUCAGAACAGAGACGACCCAGGCCAAGAUGAUGACGAUGACCCAGACUACCAGUUGGAGCCAGACGAUCCAGAUGAUGGUGACCCGGGAUUCACCACCAGACCCAAACGCGUUGUAAAGCCCAAGUCCCACCGAGGGCGAGUGAAGAGUCAGAACCAGCAAACUCUGAGCUGCAAACACUGCAGGAAAACCUUCACCAAGCUGCACCAGCUCAAAGCCCACCAGGCCGUCCAUGGCGCCAACACAGAGAAGCCCUUCCACUGCUCUCAGUGCGACAGAGGCUUUUCAUUCCAGCGAAGCCUCAACGCACACAUGCUGCUUCAUACAGGUGAGAGACCGCACACCUGCGAUGUUUGUGGGAAGGGUUUCACCUUGAAGCAGCUGCUGAGGAACCACCAGCGUCUCCAUGCUGAAGUCCGGCCGUUUCGCUGUGAACAAUGCGGCAAGAGCUUCUAUCGAGCCCACGGCCUGAAAAUGCACCAAAUGGUCCACACGGGCGAGCGGGCCUACAACUGUCAGUACUGCAACAAAAGCUUCACAAUACAAGGUAACCUGCAGCGCCACCUGCGCAUACACACGGGGGAGAAGCCGUUCAGGUGCGAGACUUGCGGCAAAAGCUUCAACCAGGCCGACACUCUGAAAGGCCAUCAGAGGAUACACACCGGCGAGCGUCCCUUCAGCUGCGAGACCUGCGGCAAGUGUUUCAUCCAGAAGAGUGCCUUGAAAAUGCACCAGAAGACCUCUCACCCAGGCGAGAACUCGCUGGCCUGCGUGGCAUGCGGCACCACGGCGGCCUGCGUCGACUCUCUACGUAAACACCUCCAGACACACGCGUCGACUAUCCCGUGUAUGUGCGUGAUCUGCGGCCGGCGGCUCAGCUCCAUCACCGACCUGCGCUUGCACCAGCAGCACCACACGGUGGACAGGCCUCACAGCUGCAGCCUCUGCGGGAAGAGCUUCAAGUCAUCCAGUUACCUGAAGAUCCACCUGAAGACGCACAGCGGGGAGAGGCCCUUCUCUUGCGACAUCUGCGGUCGCAUGUUUACACAGCACAGCAGCCUUAAAUCACAUCAGGUGGUGCACACAGGAGAGAAACCGUUCAGCUGCGACACAUGCGGGAAAUGUUUCAGCAGCACCGGCAACCUGAACAGACACCAACGCAUCCACACUGGGGAAAAGCCCUUCAGCUGCGACACGUGCGGACGCAGCUUCAACCAGGGCAACAGCCUGAAGGCCCACCAGCAGAUACACACCGGGGAGAAACAGUUCAUGUGUGACAAGUGCGGGAAGAGUUUCUCCUACCUGAGGAACCUGAAGGACCAUAAGUGUUUUUAUGUCUGAAGCUGAAACUGUGAUGAGGUGUCUGCCCUGGUGGCAGAGCGGCCAGCUAAGCUCUUCUGUAGCUGUACAGGAAUAAAUUAAGGGAUGGGAAAGGAAUGAGCUCGCAGUGAAAGGUGAUUAUGAAGUUUCAUUGCUAAGCUAUCUUCAAGGAAAGCAGUGGGAAUAGAUGUGUGGAUGUGGAUGAUGUCAGAUGACUGAGCAAAUGAAUAAACAACCUUUAGUUGUGUGAAAAAGCGAGGUUGAGACGGUUACUGUGAAGGUUCGAGUGCGUACCUUUUUGUGUUUUAAAUUUAGGUGUUUGCCAGACACUGUUAUUCAGACAAACAGUAAAUGUGAUAUUAGGUAAAACAACAUUUAAAAGCAAGAAAACUGUAGGGAUUGCACAUAAUAAUCCUAAAAUCAUGUCAGAAAGAACUGCUGCAGAAAAUAGUCAGAACUCAGAAGAGCAGUCAGCGGUAUUAUGUGAAUUUGGAAGGAGCACAUGUCAUCCUAAAUCUAAAUCAUGCAUACAGAAAGACAAAAUGCAGCAUUUAUUUGUGGGGAAAAAGUGAAAAUUCCUAUUCCCAAAAUAUCACAGUGUGACUCAAGAGCCUUUUAGUCCUUUAAUCCGAAUACAUUUGUAGCUGGCAGAUGUUAGAGAUGCGUCACUCUGGAUGAAAGUUGUCGUUAUGAAAAUUACAUUCAGCUACUGCACCUUUUUCUCAUCUUAUUAUACUGAAGCACUGAAAUAAAAUCCACCGUUGUUAUUUUCAGUUUUAACCUCUGGUAUUAUUAAUAAAAGCUCAACAAGUGAGACUUGUUAACACCACAGAAAAACAUAUUCCUCUUUAAUGAUCAGCUGUAUGUGCUUUUAAAAAUGUUCCCUUAAAAUGAAACUGACUGAACACUGUUUACUAAGAGUUGAUCUGUAUCUUUUAUUUUUGUGCCACUUACAGACCUCAUUAACAGCCUUUUACUUUUUUUUUUUUUGAAAAGAAGUUUCAUUGCACACAAGAUCUAAAACUUCAUUUUUCGGCCCCAUUGUGGCAAACAGAUUAAAAACUUAACAAGCGAUUUUAAAUGCUUUCAGAGUUUUACUAGAGUGCGACUUGUGCCAAAACGUCAGACGUAUGAAGAGUCUCACAAGCCACAAAUGAAAUUUAUCAUUAUCAUGCCGGCAGCUGUUAAAUUCUUACAAGGAUCUAAACUGUAAAAUCUGUGACAUUAAAAAGUACAAGUGACUGAUUUUAUUGUAUUUAUCUUUUUUUUUUUGUAAUUCUUAAACAACCGUGUUGAAGUUGUAAAACUGAUAUUUAUAAUGGUUUAACUAUAGAAGUGCUUUCCAGUCUUCAUCUGAUCACCGACAGAGAUUUCUUUUGGAAACAAAGUUGCCUUGUGUGCAUUAGAAGAACUGAUGUGCUGAUUGAGAACAUGACAGAUACAGAAACAGAUAUUUUCUAAGUAUGUUUCAUCUGUAACUUCGCUUGUGGAGUGUACAUUUGUUAUAUCUCAGCUUUGUAACUGUGAGUCUAAUUGAUAAACAUUGACAUUGAAA